AUGAGCCAGCUGUGUAAGGUGUGUGGGGAGCCUGCUGCGGGGUUCCACUUCGGAGCCUUCACAUGUGAAGGGUGCAAGUCGUUCUUCGGACGGACGUACAACAACUUGUCGUCCCUGAACGAGUGCAAGAACGGCGGUCGCUGCGUCAUUAACAAGAAGACGCGGACGUCGUGCAAGAGCUGCCGCUUGCGGAAGUGUCUGAUGGUGGGCAUGUCGAAGAGCGGGUCGAGGUACGGUCGACGGUCCAACUGGUUCAAGAUCCACUACCUGAUGCAGGGGAGCACCAGCGGCGCCACCAGCACUACCACUACUACCACCAGCACCGCUACCAGCAGCACCACCAGCGACAUGAUGUUGAGUGAGAGUUCCUCUACCACCACUAUGUUGGCGACGCCAUCUUCUCCCGGUCUCCUCAGUCCCUCUAUAAGUCCCUCAAAGACAUUCAGUCCAGAUUUCAGAGAUUUCAAGGACUUUAAGCUCAGUCCGGACUUUAAAAUCAGCGCAGAUUUCAAGUCAGGACUUGAGUGCAAGGGGCUGAACUCGCCGACACCCUCGUCAUCAGAGUCUCACAAUUCAGACUCCUCGUUAGAGCUGAGUGAAAAGUCUCCGCUGUUCCCUAGUUACCCAGACCAACUGUACCCUAAGGACCUGUUGUCCCUGUACAACCUGCCGGGGCUGACGCCGCACCUACCGCAGUACGUGGCUCCGGCCUCCCUAGCCCACCGCUACCUCUAUCCUUACUAUCCCUCGCUUCUCUCAGUCUACUCGCGCCGCCAGUACCUCGACUCCCUCCUCCAGAAGGCGCGGCAGAGCGAAGUCUCGCCUCCGGUUGACCCUGAGGAAGAGAGUAGAGACUUGGCCUCGCCCAACAGGGAGUUCGCUCCUCCACCCAAGUUUUUCAAGCCCAAUCACUCUCGUCCUCACCCCGACGUGAAGGUGGCGGUGAGAAGCAGCUCCAAUCACUCUCCUGUUAGGGGAGUCCCGCCUCUCCGUCAGCAGGAGCUGCAGGGGCGGGAUAUCCCACCGGGAUACAAUCCCGGGCAUGAUCUCACGCCACGAGGCAGCCCGGAAAUAGUUCCUGUAGCCGCCACGGCGCCCCAGGACCUUCCCAUCGACCUCAGCGUCAAGAAUAAGUCGCCAAGUCCCCCAAGAGUGGACUCGGAGGACGAGAGAUCAGCCUCGAACAGUCCACACGGAGUGGUGGAGGAAGAGAGAGAGGAGAAGCCGCAGGGAGGAGAAGGAAGCAGGAGAAAGGAGGAGCAGGAGGCGCCACUAGACCUGAGUGCCGCAAGAACAGGGUAGCCGCAGUGUGAGCCACACUGACUGCUUCUGCUGUGUCCAAGCAGACAAAAAGGAAUGUCACCACUGACCGAUGGCUGUCAGGGCCUCUCUCUCUCUCUCUCUCUCUCUCUCUCUCUCUCUCUCUCUCUCUCUCUCUCUCUCUCUCUCUCUCGCGAGAAAGAAAACUUUUCACAAACAUUCACGAAUAUAUUCUAGUGGUAUUGUUGUCAGAGUUCACCUCUCGAAUUUGCAGCGCCCUGAACUCACAAAACUUCAUGGCCCUUAGCUCACAAGACUGAAGAGCCUUGAACUCUCAAAACUGGAGUGCCUUUAACUCUCAAGUCUGGAGUGCCUUUAACUCACAAGUCUGUCAGUACUCAGCCUGGGACAGAUUUCUCUCAACAAACCACUGGUGUAUUUUAGUAACAAUUCCUAAAGUGCCAUUGAAAGUACAAGUUUUCUAUAUGAUCAUUGUUGACAAUGUAAUGCUUUUACCUGUGUGUAGUGACUCUACCUGUGUGUAGUGACUCUACCCGGGUAGUGACUCUACCUGGGUA